AUGCCAAUUGACAGGAAAUUAAGCAGUAACCACUACCUAUAUUAUUGGUCAUUAUUUAAAAGAAUGAAAAAGGUUCUGUGUUCAAGAGAUCAAGUGAAUUUGAAAUGUAUCCUACUUGGUGGACAGAGUUUCAGAUGGAAAGAAACUAAUCCGGAUGAAUACUCAGGAGUAUUUGCUGGUGGAUUUUGGGUACUAAAACAAAAUGAUGAUCACAUUGCUUAUAAACGAGUUCCAGCCACAGACUUGGAUGAAAAAAUGUUAAGUAACUAUCUAAGGAUGGAUGAACCUUUAGAUGCAUACUAUAAAGAAUGGAGUUUAUGUGAUCCAAUUUUCAAAAAAUCAGCAGAACGGUUUAAAGGAAUUAGAAUGUUGAAACAAGAACCAGUUGAAAACAUAUUAUCAUUUAUAUGUUCAUCAAAUAAUAAUAUCAUAAGGAUCUCAUCUAUGGUUGAAAAAAUGUGUACUUUAUAUGGUAAAAAAAUAGAUGGAACAAAUUAUUAUGCUUUUCCUAGUAUUGAAACAUUAAUUGGGCAACAAGUUGAAGACGAUUUGAAAGCUGCAAAAUUUGGAUAUAGAGCAAAAUUCAUACGACAAACUGCUGAAAAAAUGUUUGAACUCGGUAGUAAUAUAUGGAUUGAUAAGCUAAAAAAUAUGAAUUAUGAUAGUGCUAAAAAAGAAUUGAUGCUAUUGCCAGGAGUUGGUCCAAAGGUUGCAGAUUGUAUUUGUUUAAUGUCACUCGAACACUUAGAAGCUGUCCCUGUAGACACACAUGUAUUUCAAAUUGCUCGUGAUAAUUAUUUACCUCAUUUGAAAAAAUACAAAACAGUUACUCAACCAGUUUAUAAUGAAAUAGGAGAUUGUUUUAGGAAGAUAUUUAAAAAGAAUGCUGGAUGGGCACAUACAGUAUUAUUCUUGGACGAUUUGAAAAACUUUAAACAACUUGAAAAACAUGAUGAUUCGUCUGAUGACAAACCUAUUGCAAAGAGGAAAAAAAAGUUGUGAUUUUCUGUCCAUCAUACUAUUGUUAUGUUUGUAACAUACAUAACUUACAUAAUUUGUACCCAAUGUUAAAAUAUACUUUUAUUUUAGAUUUAUUGAAAACAAAUUACAGUUGGUAUUUUUUUUAUAUAUUUUUUAAUUGAAUAUGUUUGUUCUAAACUUUUUAGUCCACAAUAUUUCAAACAGUAAUUUUAACAUUUUUUUUUUAAAUCAAUUUUUUUUAACUCAAUUUACAUUGAUUAAAACUUAAGAUACAUCAAAGUAAAUAAUAAAAGUUUUAACAUGGAGAUGAUUAAAGAUGUCUAUAAAUAAGUAAUACUAACAAUUGUGUUAUUAUAUAAUAUAAUCAUUUGUACAAUUUGAGCUUGUAAUUAAUUUUAUUAAAAUAUAAUUUUUAUAAUCUGAACAAA